AGGAGAGAGUCGUCUAGCAAUGAGGAUCCUGUCAGCAGCCGCCCUCCUAUCGGGCGUCGCCGGCCAGAUCUGGAACCCGUUCGGCAGCGGGCAGGCCACAUACUCGUACGACCCGGCGACCGCGGUCGAGCGCGAGUUCGACGGCAUCGCUGCGGCCUCUUUUGACGUGCCGCCGCCACCGCCGUGGACCGCGCCCUCGCCUCCGCCAAGCCCGCCACCGCCGUCUCCGCCCAAACCGCCUCCCGAACCGGCCUGCUGGUACCGCGGCCGCAAGGUGGACUACUCGUACUGCGUCGCUCCUCCGCCGCCGCAACCCAACCCUCCUCCGCCGCCGCCGCCGUCGCCCGAGCCGCCGCCGCCGCCAGUCUACCUGUGGUGCACGGUGGACGAGAACUCGACGAACUCGUCGUGCGCCAACGCGACGGUGUGGGAGGACCCCGAUCUGUACACCCUCAACAUGAUCUUCCUCGGCAGCUGCGCCUCUGCGCUCGGCCUUGCGGCGUACGCGUAUUCAAAGGAGGGCGACCCGACCUCCGUCGCCGGCGCCGCGACCCGCAACUUCAAGCUUGCCGUGGGUGCUCCCACGACGCUGACGGACCCGAUCCCGGGCGGCAAGCCCACCACCAAAACGAAGGCGUACACCGGGCUCCCCAAGUCCUACAAGUCCGCGCCAAAGCCCUCGCCAAAGCCCUCCCUGGUGUGAUUCGGUCGACAAUGGCCCGGAGCUGUUUGUCCCACGGCGGUUUGGGGCGGGGAUAGGGAGGCCGUAAAGGCGCGCAGCAGGCGGGAGGCCGCAGCGGGUACAUGGCCCAUGGCCCAUAGGUACGUCGCCGGUGAUGCGCAUCGAUGCGGAGAGAGCCAUCGCCUUAGAGAGGCCUGUCGGGAGAGGUGUGCCGUGUCUGAGGGUGCGCUGUCCCACCUCAGAGGCUCUUGUACCUUGUGCCCGCCUCAUUAACUCUCUCUGUUACAGUCGAGACCGCGAGCAAUCUCUCUCGUAGCACUCGUGCGUACCGUACCCACACCUCUCACGCUCCGCAAAGGACCAACCAGUCGCCACACACACACACACUCCGCGCACCGCGGACCGCGCACUUCCCACGAGGCACACGACACAAACACGACACAAAGAGUGAAGAGUGUAAAAAAAAAGCAACCCGAGAGAGGCA